AGUUCUAUGGUAGAUCAGAAUGGUUUUGCCAGCUGAAAAAGAGCAUUGCUUACGGAUAACUGAACAAGUUCAUCACUUUCUAUUGCAAAAAAGUUUGUGUGACUUGACUGUCAUUAUUCAACAAAAAGAAUUUCGACUCCAUCGGGUUAUAUUUUCGGCUGUAUGCCCUUUGUUGUAUAACUUGAUUUCAAGGGCAACACAAGGAACGCCUCUGAGUUAUUUAACCCUGAAACUGCAUGGUUUAUCCCCGUCAUCUUUUCAAUUAUUGAUUGAUUAUAUUUACACUGGGAAAUCACCAGAUGAGGCUGAUACCAAACUUCGAGACGAAUUUGUAAAAGUAUGUUGUGCAUUUAAGAUUCCAUUUCCUGGAGUAAAAUCUGGGCAGACUGUUUGGCUGACCCCAAAAGAUGAUGUACAGAUGGCACUCUUACCCAAAAAUGAACAUGGAAUUAUAGAAGUUAUACUGCAGCAGCAGGUAAUCACUGAUUCACCCAGUUAUGAUGAAAUGCCAUCAUUGGGUGAUUUCUCAAUUGGUCGAGAAGUUCUUGAUACACCACAUAUUAAGCUUUCAAAACCUAAAAUUAGAAAGACACAAUUGAAAAACCAGGAUCAUGCUGUGAGAGAUUUGAUCAAAAUUUUAAAGCAGCAAGAGGCUAAUGAGGCAGCAAGAUCUCCUCUCAUUGAUUAUCAUUCUGAGGAAGAUUCUGUCUCUGCCCAUGAGGAUCCUGUCCCUUCCGCAGAAGCUUCUGCUGUUCAAUCUCCUGAGCCAGACCAUUCGUAUGCAGAUGUUACACUGGAAGAAACUGUUACUUCAAAAACCACUGCUAGUGAUGAUAAUAAGUUUGCUCAGGUUUACAAAGUUCACUUGGAAGGAAUGGAUGAUUCUAAAGGUGCUUCUGAAGAUCAACCGCUGCCCGAAGCAGAUAAUGCGGAAUCUCAAACUUCAAAUCCUGAUCCUGAAACCUCAGAAAUUAAGCAGUUUCAGUGUCGAAAAUGCCAAGCAGUUCUACGGGAAAUAUCUCCCCCAACGGCUUCAUCUUUAGUACCAAAUCGUAAAGAAGUUCGCUAUCAUUGCAAGCCAUGUGGAAAAUGGUAUAUUACGCUACGAGGUAAGGGAGCCGUCUCACCCAACAUUUUAAAACCUAAAAAUGUUGUACAGAACUUUUUAGCUAGCGUAAAUGGGAAGACAGUACCUGUCGUUGUGACGAUACCUCCAAAGAAGCGUGCUAACAGUCCAUCAAAAAUAGAGGAAGAACCGCAAUCAGAAACUCAAGUGGAUGAACCUAAAGUCAAACAACCGAAGAAAAGUCCCGCACCACUCAAACAUCAGUGUGAGCAGUGCAGUAGUGCAUUUACUCGAAAAGAUGUGCUGCUUCAACAUAUAAAAGUAAAGCAUGCUGAAGAUAAAAUUGAAAGUGAGGCAGAUGCAAAUUCAACAAACUUCAAAUUGAAAGAAGGUAGACCUCAGAAAGAACGUCCAUACCAAUGUGAUGUAUGUAAGCGUCGUUUCACCCGAAAGCACAGUAUGGAAGAGCACAAACGACAGUUGCAUGGUAAAGUCAAGCAAAUUGUUUUGUGCCAAGUUUGCAACACCAAGUACACAUCUGUUAAAAGCUUCAACAUGCACUGCAAUCUUCGUCACCCAGAAGGCGAGGUUCCGAAAAUUCGACCUCCUGCAAGACCAAGGCCAAUUAGGAAAUUAAAGACGCGUGGAAAGGCCACCGCUCCUACACCCUCUUCUCCUCCUCCUGCUCCGAAAUCACCACCCAUUCUUAAUUUAGAAAAUGAAAAUCUAAUCAGUAGUCCUCGAGCUAAGAAAGUAAAAGUAUCAUCAAGGUACAGAGCUAAAAGGAAGAAGAGGGAUCUUGCAGACGGGAUGCCUCACGAGCAACAGUCUCCUUACUACGAAUGUCCUGUUUGUCUCAUGUCAUACAAAAAACAAAAUACGUUUCUUCGCCAUGUUUCAAAGUGUAAAACUCAAGCCAAAUUUAUGUGCAACCGAUGUCCGCAAGGCUUUAAAUCGAAAAAAAGAUGGGAAGAGCAUUUGUGGGCAGAACAUGACUUUGACGAAGAACUUCUAACUAAAACCACAAAGCGUAAAAACCAGCAAAAUUUCACCCAUUGGUUCAACCAAACUGUUGAGCAGGUCGUUAAUGAACAGUCAUUCGAGUCAACUGGAAUUGGAUUCUGAUUUAGUCACUGAUGAUAUUUUUAGAGAAAAUGUUUUUUUUUGUAAAUAAAUCUUCUUUUUUUUAUAUUUUUUCAAGCCAAUACUUAUAACAGGGAUGGAAUUAUUGGAAACUUUUCUAUUCAGCUUAGAUUGAAUAAGCUGUUUAUAAUUUUGUUUUAACUUGGUCCAUAAGACUGUUAAAUUGAACAGUGAUUUCUUCACCUUGACAUGACGAAAUUUAUUUCCGUAUCAUACUUUAAUGUUGUAGAGAGGAUUAAUGUAAUUAUUCAAAUUUACAGGGUCUCCCAAAUUUGAAAGUAAUACAGUGUUACUCACCUUCAUCUAUUCAUUUUAUUACAUCUUGCUUGAAAGGUUGAACAUAAGUUGGAUGCGCUAAAGCUUGAAUCCAAGAUCUUAAUAAUCUAAAAAUGCCAGUAUAUUUAUUCCAGCAUUUUUUUCAUGAUAAUUGAUAAUAUUAAUUAUCUGAAUAACGAAAUCACAUUUUGAAUAAGAUUUUACUCAAUUCUCCAGAUCCCUGGUCAUUUUCAUCAUUUUCUGCCACUGUUUAAGCUGUUUCAAAUGUAAAAUGGAAUAGGAAAUAUUACUGUGGUCGUGGUGUGAAAUUUGCUUGGUGGAGCAAUUCUGUUUCUAAUAAGAAUGUUUUUACUUGACCAACUGGAUUAUUAAGACAAAUUCAUACCUAUUUUUGUCACUAAUAACAAAAUUUUGGAUAACUUGAAUGUUACAUAUUACAUAGUUGCUUUUGAAUUAAAUUUGUAUAAAACAGUUGUGAAUUCAUGGACAUGGUUCAUGUAAUACAUAUUAAUGAGACAAAUUUAUUUCUUACUAGUUUCCGAUUUACCAGCCUAAUGCUACAUGCUUGAAUUUUCUGUUUCAAACCUGGUCAUGCAUGUAUUCCAUAACUUGGUAUAAAACUGACCAUUGAAUCUAUAUUUUUUUAAAUACUAGUCUUGUAGAGGUCAUAAUAUAGACAUUAAAUUUAUAAUGUUGCUUCAUAUUAUCAAAAUUUCUGUUGGUAAAGCGUGUUUAAGAUUAGUAUUGUGGCACAGGCAUUUAUAUAGGAUAUACCAAGACGAAGGUGAUGGUACACAGUAUAGACAUUUUGUAGAAUCUGAAGUUUAUGUGUGGAAUGUUGAAAUAUAUAUUUUUGUUGGUAAUCCUCUUUUACGAUUCCCAGAAGCAUUCUUGAACUCUGAAUCAUUUCAAUUCAGAAGCUUUUACUACAUUUGAUGUGAAACACACUACUCAUGUACAAUAGUUUAGAUUGGUAGUUCAAUGUUCACUAUCCUUAUGAAUUUUUAGCUGGAAAUAUUCAUUUUUGAGUCAACCAAUAUUUCAUUUAAUUGUUUUGACAUCCGUUGUAGAAAUUACAUUGCUUUGAUCGACUCCUUUAACUAACUGUUUUUUGUUUUUAGAAUUAUAUGUCCUAUUAAGAUAUGUAACUUAGUAUUAAAUUGUUCAUUGUUGAUUCAAAUUAAAUAGUUUUGGAUUUAUGUUGUUCAUCCUCCUGUAAAAUAUCUUCAACGCUAUGGUGAAGGAUGACAUUUUAUGUGAUGUUGCGUUGCUCAAAAAGUGGAUGAAAUAGUAUCGUAUUCUGAACAUCAGUAUACAUUUAUACUGGACUACCAGUUUGUUCAAAUGAACCUAAUGUGAGUGACAACUUUAUAGGCGCAUGCUCUGCUGUUGGUACCAUUUAAAUACAAAGAAGGAAGAUCAUCGAUAUUAAAAAAUAGUUGUACAUCAUGAUAUUUCCAUCUCAAAAAGAUCAUUGUUUUGAUCUUCUUUCAAAAAUUUUUGGAAUGUUGAAUGAUCCCAGUCUUUGUGAUGUAAGCAUCUCAAUAGAAGGAACAGUUUUUUGGGCUCAUAGAUGUGUUUUGAUAGCUGCAUGUCCAACUCUAUUUGACAUAAUUGUUAAAGAAUCUGAAAACUCUAAGAAAAAGAUUGUUCAGUUGAGUCUUCAAGGCUUUUCGGUUUCUGGAUUCAAUGCAUUUUUAUUGUAUGUUUAUACUGGUCAACCUCCUGAUGUAAAUGAUGAAUCUUUGAUGCAUGAUUUUGUAAAAUCUUGCUGUGCACUUGGUGUAUCUAUCCCUCCAAAUAAGGAAAACAAAGAUUAUUAUGAUAAAAUGGAGCAAUUGCAUAAAGAUACAGAAAUAGUUAUGGAAGUUACAGAUGUUUCAUAUGACAAAAACAACGAAUCUGAAGUUGCAGCAGAAUCGGAUGACGAUGACCAUGCUGAAAGCCCGGUUGAUCUGAGUGUUAAUGAUAUAUUUGAGAAUUUAAACACAGCUGAUGAGGUUGAUAAAGAUUUGCAUGAUGAAAAUGUCUUGCCUGAAAAUGACAACAUAGGAGGUGAAGAUAAGGCAAAACAUCAAGAGGAACCAGCCAAAAAAGAUGUCAAGUUGCAGUCACUUUUUUCAGUAAAGCGAAGGGAUGGGGAGGAUGAUGUUGCAUCUGAGUAUACUCUAUUGAUAUCAAAAUAUCCUAUAAAGCAGAAACGUAAAAGACCUGUAGUAAAACAUAACCCAAUACUUCCAGCUGAACCACCUUUUGCUUGUCCAUUUAAUAGCUGUGGGAAAAUUUUUGAAACUUUUGAUAAGUUGAAAAGACAUUACUAUAUUCACAGAGAAAAAAAACACAUUUGCAAUGUAUGUGGAAGAAAGUUUUUAUUAAAGAUCGAUCUAACCAUUCAUUGCAGAAUUCAUACAGGAGAAAAACCAUACGCAUGUACUGAAUGCGGUGCUAAAUUUACCCAAAAAAGCACUUGGAAAAAUCAUCUGCCAACACACAUGAAUGAUGCGCCCAAGUUUCCAUGCAACUUAUGUGAUAAAACUUAUACAUCUGCUCGCAGUUUAAGUCUUCAUAAGAAAGAAAAACAUACGGACAAAAAAUGUUCACCUAUUUGUCAUAAUUGCAAUAAAUCAUUUGAGAGCCGUGCUGCUUAUAUUUCACAUAUGAAAAAGGAGUGUGAUUCUUGCAACUUUCGUUGUACAAAGUGCGACAAAAGAUAUCACAUGAAAAAAUCCUAUGAGCUCCAUGUAAAAAAAUGUUCAGUUUCAUUUGAUCAUCAGUGCCAUCUUUGUGACAGGGCAUUCAAAAAUAAAAAACAACUUUCAACUCACAAAUUUAACUUCCAUACAACACCAAAAUAUAAUACUAGGACAGACAAUGUUUCAACUGCUUCAAUUGAAGUGUUGAUUGAUUCGAAUGAGGUGGAAACUAAUGGGAAAAAUGAAAUGUAUGAUUUUGACAGUGUGAUACUUGAAGAAGUAGUUGAUGAGACAUGAUUUUUUUGUCCACAUAUACUCCAUUUAUGCUUAUUUUUGUAUUGAGUUUCCUUUACCAUUGUGAACAACCAUUUGUACAUUUAACAAAGGUAUCCUAAUUUACUGUGAAAGUUUUUUUUUCUCUUGGUGUGAACAAUAUUGCCAAAAUAAACCAAAUUAAAGUUGAAUUGAACUUUUCAUGAAAUUAUGAGGUUUAUCCACCACUUUUAAUCAAUAAAAAUGAUGAGGUGUAUAUAAUUUAUUGAUUUCCAUUAUUAAAUGCAUAAGAGUGUAAGAAGAUACUUAUCCAACCCCUCAUCAUACACAGAAAGCGGUUCAAAAGAUUUACCUAUAGGCAGGGCUGCCAUCGAUAUGAACCUAAACUAAGGACAUCAGG